GGGGCUGCUUGUAGGGGGAUGGAAAAAACUGAGGCUGAAAAAAAAAAAAAAUCAUGCUGCUGAAAUUUCAGCAAGAGGGGAAAAGAGAGAGCGCGUGAGAGAGAGACAGCAAAGCAGUCCCAGGCUUCCUCCUCUCUUUCACGUCAGAGGCAGGAACCGACUGUGCUAAGGCUGUUGGCUCAACACGCAGAGGAGACGGGCAGACCCAGGGAGAGUGAGAGAAGGGGGUCCUCCCUGACCCAAGGAAUUACCACUAGUGGAGUGAAGCCACCUGACUUUCUGAUCUUAUUUUGGUUGCCUCCUCAUUCUCCUUCCACCCGUAGCCCUGACAGCUUGGGUUUCAUUUCUUUCGUAGAUCCUUGUCUCUUCCUCCCAGAAAAGGAGGAAGGGAAGAGAAGGGAGAGAGGUGGGCUCUCUAGGUGAGCGCAUCAGCUAGCUCCAGCCUGAGCAGUCAACAAUUUUCUUCCUAGGAAGCUCCUCGGCUGCCCACCCCCAGCCUGGGUGGCUGUAUCAUUUUAACUGCAUAGAGGCAGGUCUCUUUUGGAGUUAGGAUUAAAAGAACGUGCAGUGAAGAGAAAGCAUCACGAAAGAUUCGCACAACUCCCUGCUGUGUGCUGCAGGCUGGUCCUGAACCCAGAGCUCUGGCUGAGAGGAUGGCGGCAGAUGGGGAAACAGUGGUUCUGAAGAACAUGCUCAUUGGCGUCAACCUGAUCCUUCUGGGCUCCAUGCUCAAGCCUUCGGAGUGUCAGCUGGAGGUCACCACAGAAAGGGUGCAGAGACAGUCAAUGGAGGACGAGGGAGGCAUUGCCAACUAUAACACAUCCAGCAAAGAGCAGCCUGUGGUCUUCAACCACGUGUACAACAUUAAAGUGCCCCUGGACAGCCUCUGCUCCUCAGGGCUGGAGGCCUCUGCUGAGCAGGAGGUGAGUGCAGAAGACGAGACUCUGGCAGAGUACACGGGCCAGACCUCAGACCACGAGAGCCAGGUCACCUUUACACACAGGAUCAACCUCCCCAAAAAGGUUUGCCCAUGUGCCAGUUCAGCCCAGGUGCUGCAGGAGCUGCUGAGCCGGAUCGAGAUGCUGGAGAGGGAGGUGUCGGUGCUGCGAGACCAGUGCAAUGCCAACUGCUGCCAAGAGAGUGCUGCCACAGGACAACUGGACUAUAUCCCUCACUGCAGUGGCCACGGCAACUUUAGCUUUGAGUCCUGUGGCUGCAUCUGCAACGAAGGCUGGUUUGGCAAGAACUGCUCGGAGCCCUACUGCCCGCUGGGUUGCUCCAGCCGGGGGGUGUGUGUGGAUGGCCAGUGCAUCUGUGACAGCGAGUACAGCGGGGAUGACUGCUCUGAACUGCGGUGCCCGACAGACUGCAGCUCCCGGGGGCUCUGCGUGGACGGGGAAUGUGUCUGUGAAGAGCCCUACACUGGCGAGGACUGCAGGGAACUGAGGUGCCCCGGGGACUGUUCGGGGAAGGGCAGAUGUGCCAACGGUACCUGUUUAUGCGAGGAGGGCUACGUUGGUGAGGACUGCAGCCAGCGGCAGUGUCUGAAUGCCUGCAGUGGGCGAGGACACUGUGAGGAGGGGCUCUGCAUCUGUGAAGAGGGCUACCAGGGCCCUGACUGCUCAGCAGUUGCCCCUCCAGAGGACUUGCGAGUGGCUGGUAUCAGCGACAGGUCCAUUGAGCUGGAAUGGGACGGGCCGAUGGCAGUGACGGAAUAUGUGAUCUCUUACCAGCCGACGGCCCUGGGGGGCCUCCAGCUCCAGCAGCGGGUGCCUGGAGAUUGGAGUGGUGUCACCAUCACGGAGCUGGAGCCAGGUCUCACCUACAACAUCAGCGUCUACGCUGUCAUUAGCAACAUCCUCAGCCUUCCCAUCACUGCCAAGGUGGCCACCCAUCUCUCCACUCCUCAAGGGCUACAAUUUAAGACAAUCACAGAGACCACCGUGGAGGUGCAGUGGGAGCCCUUCUCAUUUUCCUUCGAUGGGUGGGAAAUCAGCUUCAUUCCAAAGAACAAUGAAGGAGGAGUGAUUGCUCAGGUCCCCAGUGAUGUUACAUCCUUUAACCAGACAGGGCUGAAGCCUGGGGAGGAAUACAUUGUCAAUGUGGUAGCUCUGAAAGAACAGGCCCGGAGCCCCCCUACCUCGGCCAGCGUCUCCACAGUCAUUGACGGCCCCACGCAGAUCCUGGUUCGAGAUGUCUCCGAUACCGUGGCUUUUGUGGAGUGGAUCCCCCCUCGAGCCAAAGUCGAUUUCAUUCUCUUGAAAUACGGCCUGGUGGGCGGGGAAGGCGGGAGGACCACCUUCCGGCUGCAGCCUCCCCUGAGCCAGUACUCGGUGCAGGCCCUGCGGCCUGGCUCCCGCUAUGAGGUGUCAGUCAGCGCCGUCCGCGGGACCAACGAGAGCGAUUCUGCCACCACUCAGUUCACAACAGAGAUCGAUGCCCCUAAGAACUUGCGGGUUGGUUCUCGUACAGCAACCAGCCUUGACCUCGAGUGGGAUAACAGCGAGGCCGAAGUUCAGGAGUACAAGCUUGUGUACAGCACCCUGGCGGGUGAGCAGUAUCACGAGGUACUGGUCCCCAAGGGCAUUGGUCCAACCACCAGGGCCACCCUGACAGAUCUGGUACCUGGCACUGAAUAUGGAGUUGGAAUAUCUGCCAUCAUGAACUCACAGCAAAGUGUGCCAGCCACCAUGAAUGCCAGGACUGAACUUGACAGUCCCCGAGACCUCAUGGUGACAGCCUCCUCGGAGACCUCCAUCUCCCUCAUCUGGACCAAGGCCAUUGGCCCCAUUGACCACUACCGAAUUACCUUUACCCCAUCCUCUGGGAUCGCCUCAGAAGUCACUGUACCCAAGGACAGGACCUCGUACACACUGACAGAUCUAGAGCCUGGGGCAGAGUACAUCAUUUCCAUCACUGCUGAGAGGGGUCGGCAGCAGAGCUUGGAGUCCACUGUGGAUGCUUUCACAGGCUUCCGUCCCAUAUCUCAUCUGCACUUUUCUCACGUGACCUCCUCCAGUGUGAACAUCACUUGGAGUGACCCAUCUCCCCCAGCAGACAGACUCAUUCUGAACUACAGCCCCAGGGAUGAGGAGGAAGAGAUGACAGAGGUCUCCCUGGAUGCCACCAAGAGGCAUGCUGUCCUGAUGGGCCUGCAACCAGCCACAGAGUAUAUUGUGAACCUUGUGGCUGUCCAUGGCACAGUGACAUCUGAGCCCAUUGUGGGCUCCAUCACCACAGGAAUUGAUCCCCCCAAAGAUAUCACAAUUAGCAAUGUGACCAAGGACUCAGUGAUGGUCUCCUGGAGCCCUCCUGUUGCAUCUUUUGAUUACUACCGAGUAUCAUAUCGACCCACCCAAGUGGGACGACUAGACAGCUCAGUGGUGCCCAACACUGUGACAGAAUUCACCAUCACCAGACUGUACCCAGCUACCGAAUACGAAAUCAGCCUCAACAGCGUGCGGGGCAGGGAGGAAAGUGAGCGCAUCUGCACUCUGGUGCACACAGCCAUGGACAACCCUGUGGAUCUGAUUGCUACCAACAUCACUCCAACAGAAGCCCUGCUGCAGUGGAAGGCGCCAAUGGGUGAAGUGGAGAACUACGUCAUUGUCCUCACACACUUCACAGUUGCUGGAGAGACCAUCCUGGUUGAUGGAGUCAGUGAGGAAUUCCAGCUUGUUGACCUGCUUCCUAGUACCCACUAUACCGCCACCAUGUAUGCCACCAAUGGGCCUCUCACCAGUGGCACUAUCAGCACCAACUUUUCUACUCUCCUGGACCCUCCGGCAAACCUGACAGCCAGUGAAGUCACCAGACAAAGUGCCCUGAUCUCCUGGCAGCCUCCCAGGGCAGAGAUUGAAAAUUAUGUCUUGACUUACAAAUCUACUGAUGGAAGCCGCAAGGAGCUGAUUGUGGAUGCAGAAGACACCUGGAUUCGACUGGAGGGCCUGUUGGAGAACACAGACUACAUGGUGCUCCUGCAGGCAGCACAGGACACUGCGUGGAGCAGCAUCACCUCCACCACCUUCACUACAGGGGGCCGGGUGUUUUCUCAUCCUCAAGACUGUGCCCAGCAUUUGAUGAAUGGAGACACUCUGAGUGGGGUUUACACCAUCUUCCUCAAUGGGGAGCUGAGCCAAAAGUUACAAGUGUACUGCGAUAUGACCACUGACGGGGGCGGCUGGAUUGUAUUUCAGAGGCGGCAGAAUGGCCAAACUGAUUUUUUCCGGAAAUGGGCUGAUUACCGUGUUGGCUUCGGGAACCUGGAGGAUGAGUUCUGGCUGGGGCUGGACAACAUACACAGGAUCACAUCCCAGGGCCGCUAUGAGCUGCGCGUGGACAUGCGGGAUGGCCAGGAGGCCGCCUUUGCCUCCUAUGACAGGUUCUCUGUCGAGGACAGCAGAAACCUGUACAAACUCCGCAUAGGAAGCUACAAUGGCACCGCAGGGGACUCCCUCAGUUAUCAUCAAGGACGCCCUUUCUCCACAGAGGAUAGAGACAAUGAUGUUGCAGUGACCAACUGUGCCAUGUCAUACAAGGGAGCGUGGUGGUAUAAGAACUGCCACCGGACCAACCUCAAUGGGAAGUACGGGGAGUCCAGGCACAGUCAGGGCAUCAACUGGUACCAUUGGAAAGGCCACGAGUUCUCCAUCCCCUUUGUGGAAAUGAAGAUGCGCCCCUACAACCACCGUCUCAUGGCAGGGAGGAAACGGCAGUCCUUACAGUUCUGAGCAGCAGGCUGCUGCGAGCCAACCAAUCUUUUCUGUCAUUCGUUUGUCUUUUAUAAUAUGAAACAAGGGGGGAGGGUAAUAGCAAUGUGUUUUGCAACAUGUUAAGAAUAUGUGAAGGAAGCAGGGAUGUAGCAGGAAUCCGUUGACUACCAUCUGCUCUUGGUUUCUGCUGCCCUGGAGCCUGACCCUCAGUCUCCAUUCUCCCUCCUCCCUAGCCCUCCUCAACCUUCACCUCCUUUCCCACCAAGGAGGAAAAGUGGGAUGUUUUCUUAAAGGGCCAAUUCAAAGGCAAGUUGUGGAGUACAGAUCGCUAUGGUGCCAGGCAACACACCUUCUUUUUCUACCCUUCUUCCGAGAUGUCCCCCCCUUCCAGGUAUUUGUGAUUUUGUCACAGCCUGCCAUAGCCAGGUUCUCACAUUGGCCCAGAAAAGAAGCCUCAGCAAGAGAGGUUUGCCAACAAUUCCCCUUAAGAGGAAACAGAUCAACUGUUCCACAUCCCAGCAACCGAGGUUCUUUGCCUUCCUUCCUUCUCUCCCUCCCUCAUUCCUUCCUUCCCUCCCUCCUUCCUUCUUUCUCUCCCUCCCUUUUUCCUUUUUUCCUUUCUUCCCUCCUUUCCCCCCCUCCUUCCUUCCUUCCCUCCUUCCUUCCUUCCCUCCCUCCCUCCUUUCUUCCUUCCCUCCCUUUCUUCCUUCCCUCCCUCCUUUCUUCCUUCCCUCCCUCCCUCCUUUCUUCCUUCCUUCCUUUCCUCCCUCCCACCCUCCCUCUUCUUUCUUUCUUUCUUUCUUUCUAGACAGGAUCUCACUCUGUUGCUCAGGCUGGAGUGCAGUGGUGCAGUCCUUGCUCACUACAGCCUCACCUUCCUGAGCUUAAGUGAUCCUCUCACCUCAGCCUCUUGAAUAGCUGGGACUACUAGCAUGAGCCACCACCCUAGCUGAUUUUUCUUUUAUUUUUUGGAGAGACGGGGUCUCACUAUGCUGCCCAGACUGGUCACAAACUCCUGACCUCAAGCAAUCCUCCCACCUCAGCCUCCCAAAGUGCUGGAAUUACAGGCUAGAGCCACUGCACCCAGCCCCAAGUCCUUUAUAAUGGGCCAAAAGUUCUCAUCUUCUGACACUUUUACUACAUCGGCCAUAUGUCCUAUUACUUUUCAAGAACAGCAGCUGUUUUCUGGCCUGAUGGAGCCUUUUGCCUAAUUCCAGCCUGUGUUAGACUCCAGAGCCUCACAAGCCCAACCAGUAUUUUGGAAUCUAGUUCCCAAGGCCUUGCCUGCUCCUGGCCCUGGGUGGCACAGAGGCUAUGUCCCUGUGAGUCAUUAGCCACUGCCCGCACUGACCCUCAGGUCAGACAGGUACUUUAUGCAAAGGUAGGAGUGGGAGAUGUUGGUGGCUUUUAGCACUUUUGGGUCAGCCAUUGAGGAAAGGACUGAAGAAGUCACAAUCAGGGCACUGCCCUAGGGAUUAUAGUUCCCAUGGGAAACACGGAUCUCCCCUAGCUUUGUUUUCUCAUUUCUCUUCCUAUUUGUCACAGAUUCCUUUUUCUGCCUCAUUUCUGCCGUCACUCAAGCCCUCCUUAGUGUAGGUGGCUUAAUAAGAGUCAGAAAAAGAAGGCAUUUGCCCAGAGAGCCACAUCCCUGACUGAUAACCCUGGAAAGAGGUUGAAUUUUUUUUUCCUUUUUGGUCCUAUGGGAAACAGGAAUGACCUUCUUAAUGAGGUGAGAUCAUGAGAAGCCUUUUCAUCUUCUUUUACUAUUCUGCCUUUGAAAGGAAAAAUGAUAACAGCCAAAGGAAAUUACAUUCAGAAAUCCAAAGGUGAAUAGGCAAUAACUGUGGGCCUACUUCCCAUUUUAUGAGCAGCACUGUCUUCACUAGCAUGAUUUCAUUCUUAAGCCCAAGAGAGCUAGGGCUUUAAAAGGCAUAACCUUUCAACUUCUCCUCCAAAUCAAAUAUCAGCAACCAUCCCUGCGACAUCUGCCCAAAUCCACGCCCAGUUCCUUAAGCUGUCUUCUUCCUUUCCCCUCCCAUUCCUCAAGGCCCCAGCACCAUUUUCCGUAGUGCCUAUGUUUGUCUAACUGGGGCAGCAUGUACCUUUGCCAACCAGUUACUGGAUGAGCCUGAGUGUUGGCAAUUUUCUAACUGAAACAUCCUCACUCUUACCAAGCUUUGAGAACCAGGAUGGACAGUCCCUUGGGCUGACCAUCAUACCUUGGACCUCAUGGGGAUGCAGCCAGCCACCACUGUCUGGAGGCAUGCUCCUUGCCAAUCUCCUAGGCUUUGUCCACUGCUGUGGUGUGGAUGUGAUACCCUGAAAAAUCUAGGCAUCACUUCCAUUUCUUACUUCACCAUGGGCUUCAACAAACAGGGAGGAGGAAGAAACAGAAACAAAUCCUUACAACAAGCAUGUAAAUUGCAUAAGACUUAGCUAGAGAUGGGACAACAAUGAAUAGCAGGAAGCACAUUGAAUGGGAAACUCAUCUUAGCUACAUGACCUUGACUGGGUUGUUUUGCCUCUCUAGACCUCAGCUUCUUCAGCUGUCAAAUGAGAGGUUAGACUAAAAUGAGUUCUAAUUUCCCUUUCAGUUUUGACAGUCAAUAAUGCUAAUCUGUGAUCUGAAAACCUGAGUAGAAAUUGGCAUGGUGAGAGAACACAAUUAGGUAAUGAAAAGUCACUCAAGUCCCUGUUUCAUGAGGAAAGAAAUGAAGGAAGGAAAAAGAGAUCGAUUCAGAAGUCAUAAGUAAAACACACAUACACAAGAAGACAUUGCAGAAAAGACCAUGCUGAGUAAGAGGCAGAACUCAUUUUGUCCAUAGAAACAGAGCCCAGGUACCUGGGUGGUGCCAGCACAGCCCACUUCAUCAAGGAAGUUGAAAUGGAAAAAGAUUAUGUGUUCUCAAUUCAGAUGAAAGACAAGAAACAUCAGUGGAAACCAAAAUCUUCCCUUUAUUGAAAUCAUUCUACACUAUGGAACAUUUUUAUAAAUAAUACCAGUGGCAUUGCCUAGCUUCAUUUUGAAGCAAGAAAGGGACUUCAAAGAUCAGCUCAUUCAGCCCUCUAUAAAAGGAUUAUAGAUUCCUUUUAUAAAGUAGAGUAAUUUUCUCAUGAGUUUUCACCAAGUUUAAAAGACACUGUGCCCCACCCUCUUCCCAAGGUCUAUGGUCAACUUGACUCAAUGCUCUUAACUUUCCUCACUGAUUCCUGCUUAUCCUGCUCCUCUGAGCACAAUUUCUCAAAGGCAGAUCCAGUAAGCAAUACUCGUAAGCACCCACCCUAUGCACACCAGUUUCCUCAAGGGACUCAAAAGGAACCAAGGCAGACCCUUCUCCGAGGCUGUUUAACUGCAGACCCAUCAGGAUAUGUAUGUACCUACACCCAAAAACAAAACCACCACCAAUGACUGCAAUAGACCCACUGACUAGACCCAAGACACACGCAGUUUCCCGUUUUUGCAUUUCCCCAUCAUAUAAAGAUAGUUGCCAGCAUAUCAAACUCACAUCCAGCAGGGUUAUUUCUGGAAGGUGAAGGGGUCAGGUGUGGAAGGGAUGGCAAGAAUGACAAGUCUAUGGAAAACUGCUGGCCUUGAGACCCAGAGUGAACCCGUGAAGGGGGGCUUGCUAAGUGUGGCCACAAGGUGGCAGUCACCUCCUGAAACCCUGUGUGAAAAGCCAGGUCUCCAGGUUUCCAGAAGAGCCAAACCAGGACCCAGGAAAACUGGCCAGCUGAUUUGUAUGGGAGAUUGAUUUGUAAAAUCAACAACGUGUGGCAGCAAGGAAAUGCAAGCAAACAUCUACAAAUAUUUGAAUCCACCUGUCCCUCACCUACCAACUUCCCCUCCACUACUCAUAAAGUGGUAAGACCCCUAACACCCUGCUUCGUGGGAACCAACCAGUAUCCUGUUGUUUCAAAGCCAGACCUAAAGAACCAUGGUUGUCAAUGAGCUCAAUGCCAAACCAAACAAUACUGAUCACAUUUUUACGUUUCAAAUCCAGUCCCCGAGCACAGCUGUAGAUUAAGGGACAGAAGGUCAUUGUGGAAUCUUUUCAAAGAGCUCUUUUAAAAAAGCAUCAGUUGGGAAAGAGUUGAUGAGUUCCUCUUUGUCCCCUCUUCUGGAGAAAAGAUGGAGCGCGCAAGAAGAUGGUGCACGCACCAAGCUGAGGGUGUUGAAAUAGACUAGCUGGUGACCUGGAUUUGCAAAUACUCUUGAGGCAUGACAACAUUUUAUUAUUAUUUUUUUUUUUACACUCCACUCAGAAUUUCAGGAAAGGUGGGGCCCCUUGCCCAGGAUAUGUGGUUUCCUACUGCUUGCUUCCUUAUCACUAGAACACUAUUCACCAAAUUUCUUCAUUCCAUGUCUUUUCUUUCAAGUGGUUAGGGUGUGGGGUUGGGGUACACUUUCCACCUUACUUGCAUCUCACUGUCCUCUCUUAAAAUGUUGUUAAGAAACCUCUGAAAGAUUCAAACUUCAGUUCAGUUUCAAUAAUUCCAUAGGAGUUGGGAUAAUUUGUUUCCACUUCCUUCAAACUUGCCACAGCUGCAAGAGGAGUCUUGGGACCUCAGAGGAACAGGACAGAUCUGUGGAGUCUGGGGGUCUGCCCCCACCCAGGUGCUGGACGCUGCAUACUCAGCUCUGCCUCACUUCCCUGAUGGUGUGCUUUCACCCAGGUUACCGUAACAGAGAGGCUCUGUCCUCUAAAGAACGCUGAGUUACAGGCUGGAUUCUGGGGCUGUGCCUGUAGCUUCUCUCUGGUUGUAUCACAGAGUCCUCUGACCACAUUCCUGAAGGUGUUGAGCUAAAUUCCUCUUCAAACCUUUGCUUCUUCCAUAACCCAAUCCUACACAUAUGUGAUGAAGCUUUCUUCAACAAUACUGGAGCAUUUGGAUGCUACCAGUCCAGAAGCAAGCAGGGAAAGCAACUACUAUGUGCUUUAAGAUGAUGUAUUGGUGUAGAUUCAGGUCCAAUUUGGAAAAAAAAAAAAAAGUCUCUGUUUCCUUCUAAUUGUAUUCACCCUGGAUUUGUUUAUGCCAGUUCUACAUUCAUCAAGCUUUGAGAAACCGGUGGGAAGAAGAAAAACAUAAAAUUAAGAAGAAACGGACAGAUCAUUGGAGAUUUAAAGCAAGCCUUCUGCAGAUGGCGCCAUACUAAAAUGCAGAGGCCAGGCAGGAGCAGCCAUGGGAGAGGCAGCAGCACUGGCUUCUCAAGUUCUGGCCUCCCAUCUCCCACCAGAGCUCCUGCCAUUCACCCACUUUACUUGAGGAGAAACUAAGGCACCAAGGCCUGUCGUUGCACAGAAAACCAGAGGCAGAGGGCUUCCUUUGCUUGCUCAGCCAAUUCUGCAUGGAUCUCACUUUUCCAUCACCAGUGACCACAAGCCUGAUUUGUCAUCUCCAGCAUUCUGAUUGAUUUUUUAAAGUCAACCCUUGCCUGAAACAUGACUUCAUUGCACCUGCAGCUCUUCAUUGUCCAAAUGUCCUUGGCAAACCUCGCAGUCUUUGGAUAGUGUUGCAUUUUCUUCAAACGGGAAAUCCUCCCUCCUUCCUCAAGCUUAAUAAGGCUCUCACAGAGCAUCCAAAUAACACAGCUCUUGUUCCUCAGACACACUCAGAGACCCCUCUGACAACUUCAUAAAACAGCUCCUUAUUGUCUGGGCUGUGAAGCUGGGUUAAUGCUAAAGUUCCAGUUCAGAAACAUUUAACUCUAUUAUUCUCAUGACAUCAGCUCUUCUGGUUACUGGCACUCGCUCAUUGGCACCAUGGAUUCAGGUCAGGUGGUGCAGGCAUCUUCCCUGAGAAGCAAGCCGCACACUCAAGAGGUCUAGAACACCUAGGUCACAAGAAAGGGUUUCAGUCCAGUGCAUUGUCAGGUAAAUGCAUGGACGAGAAUGUAUGGACUAUUAUUUUCUUCCCAUCACUGGUUUAGCAGCCCCCAGGGAGACCCUGAGUUGCUCUUUUAUAGCCUAAUAUUGAGCACUAAUAUGGUCAACACUGCCUCUAACAGGCAAAUGUUGGAAAUACACCUUCAGAGCUGGAUAAGACUCAAGAUCACCUAAUCUGAUUCUCUCAUUUUAUUUCCUCUCAAAGAAACCAAGGCCAAGAAAGGCUAGGGAACUUGCACGCAGGCAAUCAGUAAUAGAGCCGAGUUCAGGUCUGGUAUAGGCUUUUUAAUUUGAUUAUCCCCAAAUGACGACUAAGAUAAAUAGCAUUUAUUGCAUACCUACUACUUACCAGAUACUGUGCAAAGGGCUUUACAUAUCUUACUUUAUUAAAUCCUCACCAUAAACUUAAAGUCAGAUUUAACCAUUUUAUAGAUGAGGGAAUGAAUGGAGGGCUAGGAAGGUUAAGUAACAUGCUCGAAGUCACACAGCUACUAAAUAGAGCCAUAAUCUGAACCUCGGUCUAAUUUUGAAGCCCUGGAUUUUUCCACUUCACGAGGCUGCUCCCUUUAUAUUUAUUUAACCAAGUGACCGCCAUCUUGGAUUUUACUAAUAUUCUCACAAAUGGGCUUUGAUAUUACUUCCUCUGACUUUUAAGAAAAGGAAAUUCUUGCAUUUGUUUUGCCAUAUACUCCAGGGGGUUCUCAAUAAGAAACAUCCAACGGCUCUUUCCUUUUCUUUCUUUUUAAAUUUGGCAGAUGAGGGAGAGGGUCCCCAACAGAAUGGGAGAGUAAGAUAAGAACCAGAACAUAAACCCAAUACCCCCACCCCACUCUUUUUGGAACAUCCCAACAUUAGAAGAGUGGGAUAUUCCAAAGUCAUUUUUUUGAAGCUGGAGCAGGCAGUGUAGCCAGGAUUAAGGAAGGAAAAGCCACAGGAUAAACAUGGCACAUGUUCCCAGAGCGUCAGCUUCACUCCAGAAUUUGGGAAGAAAGGGUUAUAUUAUUAAUGUUUCAAACCAGUACAGAUAGUGCAAAUGCAGAAAUUCUAUAAAUUUUUAGGCUACAACCAGCAGAUUACAGACUGAUUUAGGCUACCUUCUUCCAGACUUCGGGGAGUACAAACACCUUAACAGACCCCUGCAGGAGUACAUCAGUGGAAAUAUUUGGGGGAUGAGGCUAGAAGGCAGGAGAUACAUUCAUUUUACUUUCCCCCGGUUUCUUUUCCCCACACCUUCCCUGCCUCACAUCCCCAGUGGAUGGGAAGGCACCAGAGGACAGCUGGCUACAAUCUCAGCUUUCUUUGCUACUCUGGGGAAUUUAGAAGGAAAUCAGUACUUGGCAACCUGGUAUUUUUAGCUGCCAGGCCAAAACUCCAGACAUAAGCACCUUCCCUUUAAUUGAAUGAUGUUUAUAUAUAAAAGAAUAGAUUUCCCCAAGAAAGAACCCCGGAACACUGGCUCCCUUUCAGUAUGGGGGCUGCUUGGGCAGCAGUGACACCUGUGCGUUAGAUGCAACAGACACCAUGACGCCUGCAGAAAUGUCAGCCAUCUAAGUGCUCCUUUACCAGCUGCGGAGGCCCAGACUCACACCAUGGUCCCACAGACUCAAGGUUUACAACCCACGUAGUCUAUUCUGGUUAACACAUAGGCUCCUCCUUCUAAUCAUUGAUACAUACACACACACACACAUGCACAUGUACACAGGUGCACAUGCACACACACACACACACACACACACAUCUAAUGAUUCCAACCUCGAAUACUCCCCAGGCCCAUGGGGAUGCCCAGGUACCCUAAGCAAGUCACUGUGACACUGAGGAGGGUCAUUACCUGGGGCUCCAAGCAGCUGAAACCCACCCUGGUGGUCUCUGGAUUGUGGUUCUGAGAAAUCAUAAACACCAAAUCCUCCAAUCCCUCUGAAUCUGAGUUUGUCAUUUUAACCUUUAAUAGCCUUUUCAGGUAAAAAUAACAAAGACCAAUUUACUGACUUUGUAGCUACAGUGAGCUUGAAAAAGCACUUACUUAAAGACUGGAAGGAAGCAAAAAAGAAGAAAAUGGAGUACAUACUCCUCAGACAAUGCACACUUUCAUGAGCUAAAAUAAAAAUAAAAACACAGAGGAAGGGAGAGGAAAAACCAACUUCCCUGAUCCUUUCAUGUCACUGUAGCUCAAAGACUGGAAUCUCUGCUUGUUAACCAUUGUUAACUAGUAUUUUUAGUCCUGGUUGCUUUUAGCCUCUGUAUAGUUCCUUUUUUAAACACAUUUUCUAUACGUUAAUAAAAGAUCCUGAAAGAA